AUGAGCAAGCGAGGUAUGGAUUCGCAGGGGGGCGAGGAGAGAUAUGGCGCAAUGGAAGGACAGGGCAAUGAUGCUGGAGUGGAAAAGCCACAGGCGGCCACGGCUGCGCAGCUGGCACGAAGGAAAAUCUUGAAUGCGAAAGGGCGAGGUACACCCCGUGGCGCUCGUGCCGGUUCACCAGCCGUAGCAGGCCCUCCAGCAGCGAAUCCCUUUCAGCAGCAAUCAUUUCAAGCUUUUCAACCGCAACAGAGCAGCUUCGAGUUCAACGUGCCAGGCUCGACACCCGCGCCCACAUUUGGCGCUGCACCACAGCAGCACGGCGGCAUGUUUGGAGCACAGCCGAAGAACACACCGAGCUUCGGAGGGUUUGGGAACGGCCAGGCAAACGGAACACCUGCUCAGAGCUUUGGUUCGAAUGCCUCAGCACAACUGCAGACAAACGGCUUCGCACCUUCGGCUAGCUUUGCUGGGUUUGGUCAAUCGCAGAAUACCACGACAACACCCGCCUCAUCGUUCACAUUUGGGCAGACUCCCAGUCAGAGUCAAGAGCAGCCGAAGUCGAAUCCAUUUGCUACGCCAGCUAGCAACGCUUUCGCGAACUUAGGUACACAGCAGCCUCAGCAAAAUGGGACUAGCUUCGGACAAAGCCAGCAAGAGGCGACGUCGCAACCUAGCGCUCCAAUAUUCAACUUUGGCCAGUCCCAAACACCUGCUGAGAAGUCAGCUACCGCCGGACUCUUCGGAGCUACGACUGCGGCAUCGCAGCCGAACGGGACGACUCCAGCUCCUGCUUCGACAGGUCUGUUCGGCUCGCAGCCUGCAGCAGCACCGGCGACAACCCCAGGCGAGAGCAUAUUCAGUGGCUUGAACUCGACGAGCAGCACCUUGAAACCGAACAUGUUUUCCUCGCAACAACCAUCUCGAUCGCCGUCGCCUUUCGGGGAACCUCAGCAGAAUGGAACGGAAACGCCAAAGCCGGCGACCAAUCCCUUCGCGAACUUCUCCAGCCAACCGAAGACCAACGGCGAGCAAACGUCGCAACCUUCGACUUCAUUCUUCGCAGCGCCAAAGGAUGCGCAGGCGAAUGGUGUGUCAACGCCGAUGCCAGCCACCCCCUUCGCGGGCUUCAACUUUGGGCAGGCGAAACAGCAGGAAGUAAACAGAUCUGAUAAGGAGGAAGGUGCAGCACAGAAGAAGCCAGUAUUCAGCUUUGGACAAACGCCGUCGAAGCCGGAGCAAACUUCAAAGGCGAGUAUGUUCGGCAGCCAGACGCCUUCUCAAGCACCAGCGACGUCACCAUUCAAGUUCAACGCAUCGCAACAAGAAGACACGAGUAUGGUCACUCCUGGAAAUACACCACAAAAGCCUUCAUUCCAGCCACCGAAUUCAUUCAAUACCGCGGCAGGACAAUCGGAAGCUUCAACCUCACAUCACGAGCCAGACCAAUCUUCAAGAAUAUCGAAUGCUGGCAAUAGUAUUUUCGAUCGUAUCUCUCGCGAUCCUCCUCCUGUGAACCAAACUGCAUUCAGCUUCAGCACACCUGGUGGCUCGACAAGCGUUGAGCGCGAAGAUCUCACGUCUAGUGUUACUGGGAAGAGCUUGUUCGAUCACAUAUCUUCAAGAGACCCGAAGCCGCAAUCACAGCAAUCCGCCAACGCACCACCAAUAUCCUUUGGUCAGGCUGACAAUUCCACCACAUUCUCUCACAAAGACGUGCAAGGAUCAGCUAUGUCUGCGCAGCCUGCUUCAACACGAGCGGAACCGCAGCUCUCGCAGCCGGCGAGGGCUCUCUUCUACGCGAGCUCAUCCACUUCGACCGUGUCAGCCGAUCGCAAGAAGCUGAAGCUACUCAAUGAAGGCCUCGUGUCGCAUCUGAAGACUCAAGAUCCGAACAAGGACUGGACUGUGCUGUUCCAAUACUAUAUUCAGCAAGCUGCGAAUGUUAUGGGCAGUGAAGCAGUGAGGAUGCCUACCGCAGCAACACAGCCAUCGGCUCCAAAAUCAUUUAUGCCACCACCGCCAGCCAGCAUUCAACACACGAGCAUGCAACCGAAGGCGCCGACGACGCCCUCCCAGCCGUCUGCAUCGUCCACUGGCAGCUUUGGUAUCAUGCAACACCCUCCGCCAGGACAAAGAGCGAGUGCCACGAAGACGCCAUCAGCCAGUAAUAUCUUUUCACAGGCUGCACAACCUCCAGCUACUGCGCCAGUAAAUCGCAAGCGUAGUGCGGACGGCGACAUCACAGCCCCCGCUACAGAACAGCGAGCGAAGCCAGACGUCUCAUAUACAAAGCUACCGGAAACAGCAAGUAAUACUGCUAAGCUAUUCGCGUCCACUCUCGACAAGCAGAAGGCUCCAGCGAGUGCAUCCAACCUUACAACCAACGGCGGUGCGUCGAAUACAUUUAAGCCUUCUACAGCGUUCAGCUUUGGUGCAAGCACACUUGCACGCAACGCUGGGGGCUCUACCGAAACUCCAGCAACCUCGUUCAAACCUACACCUGCAGCCGUACCUGUCAAACCAGUCGAGGACCCCAAGACGCCAGCAUUCGGCUUCAAACCUCCCGCACCCGCCGGCACGAGUAUGACCAACGGUGGAUUCAAGCCAUUGUUCGCUGCACCUCCUGCGGCAGGAGCAAGCAGCUUCUUGUCCGCAUUUGGAAAGAAGGCGGACGCAAGCCUGGAAGAAGCGAAACGAAAGCGCAUGGACGAGGAUUACGACAGCGAUGAAGAUGAUAAAGCAUCGUGGGAGGCAAAGGACAAGGCCGAGCAGGAAGCGAAGCGCCGGAAGAUCGAAGAAGCUGCAAAGUCGGCUUCUGGUUUCAAGGUCCCAACGGCAGGGUCCAGUGCUUCCAGUGCGCCAUUCGCUUUCAAUGUUCCUGCCGCUGUGGACGCUUCUACACAGCACGAUGAGUCUUCGAAUCCGAACGCCGGGAAGAGCAUGUUCGACAGGCUAUCGCCGGCCGAUAAGACCCCUGCGCCAGCCGCCACGCCAAGCCUCUUCUCUGCAUCGAUCUCGAAACCGACGUCCAUGAACAAUCUCUUUUCACCUAAACCAGGACUGUCAUCCGGCUUCAAGUUCGGUGCGCCUACUCCUGCUAAGGACGCAGCCACCGCAGAGAAGGAACAAGGCACUGGAGAUAAGGCAUGGACACCCAACACACCGAUCAAGUUCAGCAGUACAUCAACAGCCAUCGAGAGUACAACGCCCGCGGCACCUCCACCAGCAUUCUCAAAUUUGUUCGGUGCUAGCAACAAGACACCGGCGCAGAAUAGCGAGACAGGCAAACUUGCUCCUCCUGCCCUUGGCUUCACGUUUGGCGCGCCCAAGGGUGUGUCCACGGACGUCUCACGCGCGACUACACCCGGCGUCACUACGGAUGGCGAGGCUUCAGUCGCCGGAGACAAUCCUGAGGGCGAGCCCAGCGAGCAACAAAUCGAUCAGCAAGUCGAAGACAUGACUGCUCUCAUGCCAGCCGAGCGCGCAGAUGAGGAUGUGCUAUUCGAGGCAUCGAUGGCCAAGGCGCAGAAGGUCGACCAGAAACAAGACGACAACGGCAACAAUGUCACCGCCUAUGUUGACCGAGGCAAAGGGCCCCUCUAUAUCCUCAAGAACAAGUCUACGGGCAAGAUCAGGAUGCUUAUGAAGAUCCCGCCGCUUGGUCGUUUGGCGAUGAACUUCUCGCCUAUCCCAGGCAUGAAUUAUACUUGCGCACCAGGCAGGAAGAUUGUGCUGGCGACGUUCCUCGAUCACUUUGAUAACAAUAAGGAGAGAGCUGGACGUCCGAGCUCGUGGAGUAUUCAGGUUCGAGAGCCGAAGGACGCGCAGGAGAUCGCGCGGAUUUUGACCGAGGCGGUGCAGUGA